GGGAGGGGCUCCUGGUGACAGGUACGGAUGAGGUUCACUGUGACAGGUACAGGUGAGGAUCUCAUAACAGGAACUAGUGAGAAUGCCGGUAGUGGGCGCAGAUAUGAGUGGGGAUCCUGACAAUAGGUACAAACAGAGGGCUCACUAACAGGUAGAGGUAGGGGCGAGUGUCCCAGUAAUGAGUGUGGGUAUGGACACGGGUCCCAGAGUACAGGUAUGGAUGAGGGACCCCAUAACGUGUAUAGCUAUUGAUAAAGGUCCCGGUAAUGGGUACAGACUCAAUGUGGGGGUCCCAGUAGCAGGUACGAUUAUGGAUGGGGAUCCCCAAAAUAGGUACAGACAGCAGUUCCAAUAAAAAAUACAGUAUGGAUGGGAAUGCCCCAUAAGAUAUGCAGGUACAGACAAGGGUCUUGGUAUAGGUGGGACUCAGGUGGGAGUCCCAGUAAGAAGUACAGAUGUGGGUGGAUGUCACAGUAAUAGGUGCACUUGGGGGAAUCCCUGUUUGCAGGUUUGGGGUUUGGGGUGAGGGGCUUCCAAUAACAGGUACAAGUUGAGGUUGCUGGUAAGGCACAGGGUGCCCUUCAUUGUCACAGGUAAGGUCCUUAGCCCCCACACCAGUGCAUACAGGGCCUGUGGUGCACCCCACCGUGGUGAACUGCACCCCAGACCCAUAGGGUACCCCACCAUGUGUUCACUCUGCAGUUCCUCCUGGGGGAGAGUGAUCUAGGACAGAACCGUGCCAAGGCAUCUCAGCAGGCCCUGGCCGAGCUGAACCCCUGUGUGGUGGUCGAGGCUCACACCGGGGAGCUGUCGGAGGCCUUCCUUGCCUCCUUCCAGGUGGUGGUGCUCACUGAGUCCCCGCUGGACGAGCAGCUCCGCAUCGGGGACUUCUGCCAUGCCCAGGGCAUCUGCUUCAUCGUGGCUGACACCAAGGGGCUGGCAGGGCAGCUGUUCUGUGACUUUGGGGAGCGCUUUGUCGUUGAUGAUCCAGCAGAAGAGGAUCCAGUGUCUGCUGCUGUGCAGCACAUCUCCCAGGGCAACCCAGGAGUGGUGACAUGCAUGGGGACAGAGAACAGCCGUGGCCACCUCUUUCACGAUGGUGACCUGGUGACGUUUUCGGGCGUACAGGGGAUGACAGAGCUGAACGGCCAGGAGCCCAUCCCCGUGCAUGUGCUCGAUGCCUUCAGGCUGGAGAUCAGUGACACCAGCUCCUUCUCGCCCUACCGCUGUGGGGGUCUUGUUUCACAGGUGCAGCGGCCCCGGGAGUGUUCCCACGCGUUCACCCCAUCCCCGGUGCUGUGCUGGCAGGAGCCCCUGCGCCAGGCACUGGAAGAGCCCAAAAUCCAGGUGGCAAAUCCCGAGGAUCUGGCAGGCAGCCGCAGCCUGCACGCCGCCUUCCAGGCCCUUCACGCUUUCCGCAGGGAUCAGAGCCGGCUGCCGCGGCCCAGGGCACCGGCGGAUGCCGAGCGGGUGCUGGAGCUGGCGCGGAGCCUGGGAGCCCG